AUGGAAAAUGUGGAACGAGUAGCGGGUUGCAGUGCUGUGAAGCCGAUCGUUUACGGGAACACUGCCGAAAGGCUACCUCAUAAGACAGCUCAGGAGCAUACGCACAAGUGGAAGUUGUUCGUGAGGCCAUAUUGUGAAGAAGACAUAUCCAAGUAUGUAAAGAAAGUGCAGUUUCGACUCCACGACUCUUACACAAAUGCAGUGAGAAGUAAGUGCUUUAUUACGUUCCUUAAGUGUUAUCUAUAAGUAAUUAUAGAGUAUCGUUACUUUUUGGUAUUUUAUGAAUUUACAUCUAGAAUCUAGAAGGUAACGUUAAUGUGUCUUUAGCGGUUGAAACUCCACCUUUUGAAGUAGAGGAGACUGGAUGGGGAGAGUUUGAAGCCAAUAUUAAGAUAUAUUUCGUUGAUCCUAAUGAGAAACCGGUAAGUUUUACUACUACUUUAAUAUGUUAAGUAUACCUAAAAACAGAUUUUUGUCGUAAAAUGAUUGCUUCUGGUUUGUUUAUGUUACUCUUUGUUUCAGGUUAAUGCUACAUAUUACUUAAGGCUUUUCGUACCUCUAGUGACAAUGUCAGAUGGAAAACAAAUUGUUUUAUAUGAACAUUACGAUGAAAUUGUAAGUGACUCUGAACUCGAAGCAUUCUAACUUUUAUUACUACCGUUUUAUGUUAACCUUUUAGUCAGGUUUAUACUAUUAUCACAAACUUUGUAUAAGCGCUUUAAAAUUACGCCAGAUAUCUAAAGUUUCAAUUAAAAAAUUUGUAUAUUGUUUUUGAUAUUCGUGGAGCCCACAAAAAUGAUGAUGAAAGCGUUGGAGGAAGCAUCCAAAGACAAGCCGAUGAAAUCGUUGACAGACUGUGAGUUUGCGAUUGUUUUGAGGUUAACAAAAUGACGGUUUCAGUUCAGCAGCAGAAGAGCGUCCUUGUGGAGAAGCUGACAAACGCUGUUAAGGAGAUCACGAGCGAGAUCACCGAGCUAAAGGAGAAUCUGAGACAGAAUUGCUUACAGGAUAACAAAACGAUGGACGGGUCGAGGGCUACUUCUGUAGAUGGAUCAGUAGAUUCUAGUAUGGAUCACUGA